CCGUGCGGGGAGGCGAGGCGGCGAGGGCGCAGCCGGCACCGUCCACCGGCCAGGGCCCGGCGAGUCCCCCGGGAGUAGGCCCCCUGCACCGCUCGGCCCCACCGCCAGGCCCUCCCGCCGCUCCCUUCGCAGGCCGCCGCCGCCGCAGCCAUGGCGGAAGUUCAUAGACGUCAGCAUGCCCGGGUUAAAGGAGAAGCCCCCGCGAAAUCCUCCACACACAGACAUGAGGAGGAGCUGGGGAUGGCGUCGGCCGAAACGCUGACGGUGUUCCUGAAGCUGCUGGCCGCCGGCUUUUACGGCGUGAGCUCCUUCCUGAUCGUGGUGGUCAACAAGAGCGUGCUCACCAACUACAGAUUUCCCUCCUCACUAUGUGUUGGACUUGGCCAGAUGGUGGCCACAGUGGCAGUUCUCUGGGUGGGAAAGGCACUCAGAGUAGUCAAGUUUCCUGACCUUGACAGAAAUGUACCUCGAAAGACGUUUCCACUACCUCUACUAUAUUUUGGGAACCAAAUCACGGGACUGUUCAGCACAAAGAAACUGAACUUGCCCAUGUUUACAGUUCUGAGAAGGUUCUCCAUCCUGUUUACAAUGUUUGCUGAAGGAGUUUUACUCAAGAAGACUUUUUCCUGGGGUAUUAAGAUGACUGUAUUUGCAAUGAUUAUUGGAGCCUUUGUAGCUGCCAGCUCUGACUUGGCAUUUGAUCUGGAAGGAUAUGUUUUCAUUCUGAUAAAUGAUGUCCUGACAGCAGCAAAUGGCGCAUAUGUAAAACAGAAAUUAGAUUCAAAAGAGCUGGGGAAAUAUGGCCUGCUCUAUUACAAUGCACUGUUCAUGAUUCUGCCCACCUUGGCCAUUGCAUAUUUUACAGGAGAUGCGCAAAAGGCAAUGGAUUUUGAAGGCUGGGCCGACACCCUCUUUCUUCUGCAGUUCACCCUCUCUUGUGUGAUGGGGUUUAUCUUGAUGUACGCCACAGUACUCUGCACGCAGUAUAAUUCUGCCCUUACAACUACAAUAGUUGGCUGUAUUAAAAAUAUAUUAAUAACUUAUAUUGGAAUGGUCUUUGGUGGAGAUUAUAUUUUCACAUGGACAAACUUCAUUGGCUUAAAUAUCAGCAUUGCAGGGAGCCUGGUGUAUUCCUACAUCACUUUCUCUGAAGAGCAGCUGAGCAAACAGUCAGAGGCCAGUAACAAGCUGGACAUUAAGGGGAAAGGAGCAGUGUGACCAGAGGAUUGCUUCGAUGACGUAGGCCCAAGUUUUUGAUCAACUGAAAACACUGGCAAUUCGUACACAGACACUGAGGUGUCUUGAUUAUGGAGAAAAUAACCAUUCCUUUGCACUUGUACAAUCUGAGGAUUGAUUGCUGCCUUUUAAAAUUUUAUGAGAGAAACUUAUAAUUGACUCUA